AUGCGACCUUUUUUCUGCUCCUCGUUGGGCGCAGGGAUAGUCUUCAUUCGCCAUGGCUCAGACGCCGCUGAGGCCAUCCGCGCGCACUCGUCGUCGCGCAACAUCACCGCGCCGUCCACGCGACCAGGCUCUCCACAAUCGCCACGCGCAUCGCAUGGCAACUUCACCCCCGCCGUGGGCCGCCAGGACCCUGUCGACCGCCCGAACACGCCACUGACCGCCAUCCCCAUGUUCCAACGCGCAAAACUGCCAAAUGCGCUGGCCUCGCCUGGUCGCGCGAAGCCACUGACAGACUCGACGAACCAGACGUGGACGCGGUCGCGGCUGGACAAGGAGCGCAACGACUGGUGGGAUACGCAGGUCACGGGGUCGCAGGAGGUUUGGGGCGCGAUACGGUUGGCGGCGCAGAGCUUGCAGGCAGGGAAGCUGCGGGAUGCGCAGGGCUGGCUGGAGACGCUGGAGUGCACCUGUCCGACGGGGUGUUUGUGGAAGGGCGUGUACGAUUCGACGGGCGUGUUAUAUAAAGUGCCUGAAUGGCUUAUCGUGGAGCCCGAGGGACUGGUGCCUGAAGAGACGGAAGAGGACGAUCAAGGCGGUCCUGCUGGAGGAGUCGACGAGACCCAGGACGACGAUGACGAUGAGGAAGACGAGCCGGUCCUUGUACGUGUCAGGAUCAGUCGAGAUGGCCGGGACGUCACAGUGAAGCUCCGAAGGAAAGAGCCGGUCGCAUCGAUUGUCGACAAGAUCAAGGAACAAGCGGAGCUCGAUUCUUCGUCCAGUAUCCGCCUUGUUUACGGUGGACGUAUCUACCAAGACCGUGAAGUUCUCGAGUCACAUCCAUUCUGGAAUUUCGCCAACGACUACAUCAUCAACGCGCUGGUACGAGAAGCAUAA